AUGUCUUCUCAAACCACUGCCCAAUACUUCCCCAAGAUCUACUCCCUCACCUCGGCUGAUCAUGCUCGCUCUGUCUAUGAUGAGUGGGCAAAGACCUACAAUGAGGAGAUCACUGGCAAAGGCCAAGACUAUGUCGGCCCAGCCAUUGCCGCUGCCUAUGUCCCUCAAGUCCUAGGCUCUCCUACCAUCAACCAAGACGUCGAGAUUCUUGACGCUGGUUGCGGCACCGGCCUCGUCGGUGUCUUCCUCGCUCGCCUGGGCGCAAAGAAAAUCGACGGUGUCGACAUCAGCCCAGGCAUGCUCGAAGAGGCUCGCGCUACAGACGCAUAUCGCAACCUGGACGUAUGUGACCUGUCGCGACCGCUGUCCGCAAAGAAUGACUCUUAUGAUGUCGUAACCUGUGUGGGAACCCUGACUCAGUCUCACGUUGGUCCCGAGGCUAUCAGUGAAUUUGUGCGUGUCGUGAAGCCAGGAGGCUACAUCGUGGCUACCGUCAUCCGUGAGAUCUGGCAGACUGGUGGCUAUGAGGCACACGUGAAGAGCCUCACCGAGCAGAACAAGAUCAAGGUCCUGUCUGCUGAGUUGCAGGACUACCGAAGGGGUGCUGGAGCCAAAGCCUACUACCUCGUCUUGCAAGUGUCUGCAUGA